GACGUCACCCCGGGCCGAGCUCUUAAAGGCCGCCCCAACCCCUCCCAGCCCUGGGAGAUGCUGUGCAGGUGAUGCCGGCGAUGUCCCCAACGCCCGACUCCUGAUGGCCCCACUGCAAUGGGGGGCGCUCCGCUGACCGCCUGCCUGCUGGCGCUCAGCCUCGCCGGCACCGUCCUGGCCCCAGGCUGUGGGGCCGCACAGGGCCGGCUCGCCCACAAGCUGCUCCACGACCUCUUCGCCAACUACUCCAGCGCCCUGCGGCCCGCCGAGGACACGGAGCGGGCGCUCAACGUCACCCUGCAGGUCACCCUGUCCCAGAUCAUCGACAUGGAUGAGCGGAACCAGGUGCUCACCUCCUACCUGUGGGUCCGCCAGGCCUGGCUGGAUGCCCACCUGGCCUGGGAUAAGGACGCCUACGGUGGCAUCGACAGCAUCCGCAUCCCCAGCAGCUAUGUCUGGAGGCCAGAUAUCGUCCUCUACAACAACGCCGAUGAGCGUUUUGGUGGCUCCAUGGAGACCAAUGUGGUGCUGCGCUCCGACGGACACAUCAUGUGGGACAGUCCGGCCAUCACCAAGAGCUCCUGCAAGGUGGACGUCUCCUACUUCCCCUUCGACGGGCAGCAGUGCCGCCUCACCUUUGGCUCCUGGACCUACAACGGGAAUCAGAUCGACCUCCGCAACCUCCUGGACACGGGCGACCUGACCGACUUCGUGGAGAACGUGGAGUGGGAGGUGCUGGGCAUGCCGGCCACGCGCAACGUGGUCACCUACGGCUGCUGCUCGGAGCCCUACCCCGACGUCACCUACACACUGCUGCUCCGCCGCCGCGCCUCCUUCUACAUCUUCAACCUGCUGCUGCCCUGCGUCAUGAUCUCCUUCCUGGCGCCGCUGGGCUUCUACCUGCCUGCUGACUCCGGGGAGAAGGUGUCCCUGGGGGUGACGGUGCUGCUGGCGCUCACCGUGUUCCAGCUGCUGGUGGCAGAGAGCAUGCCGCCCUCGGAGAGCGUGCCGCUCAUCGGGAAGUACUACAUCGCCACCAUGACCAUGAUCACCGCCUCCACUGCGCUGACCAUCUUCAUCAUGAACAUCCACCACUGCGGGCCGGGUGCCCGCCCGGUGCCGCCCUGGGCGCGCCGCCUCAUCCUGCACCACCUGGCGCGUGCCCUCUGCGUCUGUGAGGUGGGCGAGAGCUGUGGCCGCCCCCAGAGAGAGGGCACGGGAGGGAUGGGGCCACGGGACCCCCCCGGGGAGGGCGUGGAGCCGGGGCUGUGCCCCCGCAGCCGCUGCCUCUGCCACCACCACGCGGUGCUCAGCAGUGUGGGGUACAUCGCCGGCGUCUUCCGACGGCACCGCACCGCCCAGCGCCGCGCUGCAGAGUGGAAGAAGGUGGCCAAGGUGAUGGACCGCUUCUUCAUGUGGGUCUUCUUCCUCAUGGUCUUCCUCAUGAGCGUGCUGGUGAUUGGCAAAGCUGCCUGACGCCCACCCCACGCCCAGUGCCCCCGGACUGCCCAUCCCCACGGUGCCCACAGAGCUCAUACC